AUGAAUACAAAGCAGAACACGUGGUGCGUGGCGAAGCCUUCAGCGAGGGACACAGAACUGAGAUCAAACAUAGAGUACGCGUGCAACAUUUUGAGAGACUGCAAGAUGAUAGAACCAGGAGGGUCAUGCUAUGAACCCAACACAGAUAUGAAUCAUGCUUCUGUGGUCAUGAAUCAGUACUACUUCUCCGAGGGAAGGAACCAUUGGAACUGUGACUUCAGUGGCUCUGGUCUUACUGUUAUAACUGAUCCUAUGGGGAAGAACAGUGAUGCGUUGGAGUAUAUAUUUAUGAUUGCUGCUGCUGCUGCUAGUUCAUGUUGCUCUCGUGUUAGUUUGUGUUCUAGUUCUUCCUUUUUCGAUGACUGUUGUCGGGUUUACUUUUCUCUGUUAAUCAGAAGAUGGUGUGUAGCAAAGCCAGGGACAGAGGAAGCAACGUUGAAAGCAAACAUAGAUUACGUCUGUACGAAACUGGACUGCUCAGAUAUUCAACAGGGAACCGCAUGCUUCAACCCAAACACACUCUGGAGCCAUGCUUCUUUCGCCAUGAACCUCUUCUUUCACAGUUUGGGCCGAUCUCUUGACUGUGACUUCAGAAACUCUGGCCUCCUUGUCCUCACUGAUCCCAGCACCACCCCUUUCCUCUUCUUUAAUUCUAUCUGUCUCUGUCAUAACCUGGAGAUUAAAAAUCUCCUCUUUCACAAUUCAAUUGCAGGUGGCAUCAAGGGGACAAUAAAUGCUGAGAAAACUUGGUGUGUGGCCAAGCCAUCUUCGUCUGAGAAAGUACUGCAAGAAGGCUUGGAUUAUGCGUGUUCCAAAUUGGGUGAAGACUGUGGCAAACUAGGUCCUUGCAAUUAUCCAGAUACAAAGGCUCAUCGUGCCUCCUUCGCCAUGAAUCUUUACUAUCAAUCCCAAGGAAGACAACCUCAAGCCUGCGACUUCAAAACCAGUGCUCUUAUUGCCUCCUCCGAUCCCAGCUACUCUAAAAACUGCAAUUAUCCUGGUGGUGAAGCUGAAAUACCAACCAGAAAAACAUGGUGUGUGGCGAAGCCAGCAACAGAAGACAGUGUGUUGAAAGACAUCAUCAACAGGAUUUGUUCAACUCUAGAUUGUUCUGUAAUAAAGCCGCCAAGUGGUCCUUGUUACAUUCCCAACAAUCUCUGGAACAACGCUUCAGUCGCCAUGAACUUGCUCUACGUCAACUUCCCUGGUCACAAGUGUGACCUCUUCAACGCUGGCCUUCUUGUUGUCGUUGACCCAAGUAGCCGGGGUUCCAACAACCUCGCUGCCAGCGAUGGUCCAAUGCACUGUCAACCUUCCUUCUCUAAUUUCAAUCUCAGAAUUCGAACUCAAGAAUCAGAAGAAGAAGAAGAAGAAGAAGGUUCAGACUUCAGAAUAGGAGACAUGUUCUUCUCACAGUGCCUUCUUUCUCGAAAAGCUCCUUUAGGAACCAUUCGAGUUGCAGCUUACUGCUUCAAAAGGCUCAAGAAAGUUCAAGUCAAAGAAACUGACAUUUCCUUUUCAGUCGACAAAAUUUUGCAAGAUGAAAUCAACGAUCAGACAUAUCGAGUUCUGGCUGCUCUUCUCCUUGGGGUAGUUAGAAUAUAUUCGAAAAAGGUUGAAUAUCUUUUUCAUGAUUGCAAUGAGGUUCUUUUGAAAAUCAAGAAAUUUAGGAUCAAUACAAAGGGGAAUGGACCUAUGGAAACCUUGCGUGCAUCAAUUACUAUACCAGAGAGAUUUGAGCUUGAUACUUUUGAUCUGGAAGUAUCUGAAGAUGUUGGCAGUGGGGGCAACAUUGUUCCACAAGAAGAAAUCACACUUAAAGAUGUGUGGGAAAAUGAGCGAAUUGGACAGUUUUCGCUGGACAAGGAGUUGCAGUUUCAGUCUGAGGAGUUUUCUUGCUCUCUAAAUCUCUGCUCUGCUGCCAACCCAAUGGUAGAAAAAGACUUUCUUCAAUCUCACCAUAUGGACAUCAACUUUGAGCUUACUGGACAAAAUAGUCCAACUAAUUUACAGGAAGGAAAGGAUACAUGCUCUCCAGAUAAACAGGUGAAUUUUGGCACUGAUUUAGCAGUUGAAGUACUCAUGGAGCCUGUGAAUAUGUUAAGUCCAGAUAAACAUAAUGAUGAAGAAAAGACAACAGUAGGUGAAUUGUAUGAAGAUGAAGUCCAAAACAAUAGCAUCGAGAGAAUUCAAUCAUGUGGGAUUUCUCAAGACAACAUACGUGUGUCUUUCCCCCGGGAGGUGGUGCCUGUGGUUCCUUUUGAACCAUUUAAUAAAUCUCAUCUGGUGCUUGAAGUUGAAGAUCGGAUUGAGGCUAGGGGAAACCAAAUGCAUCAGGAAGCUGGGGAAGUUCAUGAGGCAAGGAAUUCAGAAACAAAUGUGGAAUGGAUCAGAGAUGGCCAAUCCUAUCAAGAAGAAGGCACAUUACAUAAUAAAUCUUCAUUUUACAAGGAAAUGCUCAAAGAACACAUUGAAGGGUCUAAUGAAGAUAAUCAUGACAAAAAAAAUUUAGGACCUAAUGAAUAUAUUUCGAUGGAAAGCAAAAAGAUUCAUGCUAUUCCAGCUUCAUCAAUAUUUAUUGAUUUAUCUCCUUGGUUUCAUGAUGCUUCAACUGCAAGACGAAAAAAAGGUGCUACUAUGCCAAAGGAUUUGCUUAUUCCAACACCAGCUGCAAGAGAGGGUGCUUGUUUUACAAGGAAAAGAACAAUUAUUACUGAUGAUGUGACAGUGUUAUCAAAUGAGGCAGUUAAACAAAGCAUAUGCGAUACAAGAGAUUUAAUUUCCAAACGAAGAAAACAUUGUCACACUCUACUCAAAGCACGGAAGGAAUAUCGUGUUUCGACUCUUCCUAAAGGCUUCCAUGACUCUUUGCUUCCUUGUCAUUCAUCAGAGCUCCAAUCUCUGUUCUCCAAAAAGAAAAUGAAGAUAUCAAUGUCCCUUGAAGCUACAAAAACUCCUAGAAAGUUGGAUGAGUUGGAAUCUGAUAUAGUAGCUUCUCCAAAAACUCCUCCUCGGCUCUCAACUAUUCGAUCAGUUGAGGGCCUGAAUGAUGUAACACCUUUAAGUCCACAUGAAAUCUUGAGAAGAGAACAGUCUCUGAGAAAUGAUGACCAACUUAACCUGAUGAAUGAGGAAAAUAAUAACAAUCAUCGUAGUGUGGGAACAUUAAGCUCAUAUGAAGGCUUAGAGGGAGGUCAAUCUUUGAUAAAGGAUGAAGAACAUUACCUGAUGAAUGAGGAUUCAAAUUCAUUUGAAACACGGAAUUCCCAAUCUUGUGCUUGGACUCGACAAACUAGGAAGGUUGCCAUGCACUUGCAGAGAAGGUUUUCAAGUCUCAGGAACCAGAAGGAUGGGGAAGUUAACUUCUCACAAGCUUUUGGUUCAAAAACCAGGAAAGAAUGUGCAAGGCUAUUUUAUGAAAUAUUGGUUUUGACAACUACAGAUUUUGUGGAUGCAAAGCAGCAUGAUGCUUAUGGUGAUAUUUCAAUAAAGAAGCUCCCGAAAUGGGAUGAAACUUUUGGUGUAGAUGCUCUCUAAAAGGGCAGAGAUAAAUAUCAAAGGUUAUAUAUAUACAUAUAUUGUAUGAU